CACAAAGUGGUCUUGUUAGAGAGGCGAUUAAUGCCAGCUGAUAUAUGUAUUAUUCAAAGGUAGGGCUCAAGGUGUGGUCUGAGAUUUUUUAAAGGUUAACAUUAUCAUCAAGUACCCAGAGAAGUGCCAAAGAGAGGAAGAUGGAAAGAGGCUGGUUCCAUGGGAAAAGAUUCCUCCUUGGCUUCAUCCUCCACCUGCUGCUCCAGGAUUCACACCUUCAACUGGUGACAUCGUUCCUGUGGCUAAAUAUGUGGAACCCAGAUGAAUGCGGAGGCAUCAAGAAGUCCGGCAUGGCAACUGAGAACCUGUGGCUUUCAGAUGUCUUCAUCGAGCAGUCUGUGGAUCAGACACCUGCAGGUCUCAUGGCUAGUAUGUCAACAGUGAAGGUCACAUCAAAUACAAUAAGCCAAUGCGGGUGGUCAGCAUCUGUAAACUGGACACCUUCUAUUUCCCCCUCCAUGAACAGAGCUGCACACUCUCCUUCAGCUCUUUCACCUACACAGGUAACCUGGGCAUGGAGAAGGACGUCCAGGAGCUUUCAAAUACGUCACAGAACCUCAUUCAGAACAAGAAGGGAGUGGGUACUGCUGGGUAUCCAACAAAGAGCAAUAAAGGUGACCAUGGCCACUAACCAGUAUGAACAAGCCAUCUUCUAUGUGGCCAUCAGGUGCAGGCACAGGCCCAGCCCCUACGUGGUAAACUUUCUGGUGCCCAGUGGCAUUCUGGUUGCCAUCGAUGCCCUCAGUUUCUACCUGCCACUGGAAAGUGGGAAUUGUGCCCCAUUCAAGACGACUAUUCUGCUGGGCUACAGCAUCUUCCUGCUCAUGAUGAAUGACUUGCUCCCAGCCACUAGCACUUCAUCACACGCUUCACUAGUACGUCCUCAUCCAUCAAGAGACCAAAAGCGGCCGGGUGUCUACUUCGCCCUGUGCCUGUCCCUGAUGGUGGGCAGCCUUCUGGAGACCAUCUUCAUCACCCACCUGCUGCAAACCCAGCCCCCACCCCUGCCUCGGUGGCUCCACUCCCUGCUGCUGCACUGCACCAGCCCAGGGAGAUGCUGUCCCUCUGCGCCCCAGAAGGGAAAUAAGGACCUGGGUCUCACCCCCACCCACCUGCCUGGUGUGAAGGAGCCAGAGGUAUCAGCAGGGCAGCCAGGCCCUGGGGAGGCAGAGUUGACAGGGGGCUCAGAAUGGACAAGGGCCCAGCAGGAACAUGAGGCCCAGAAGCAAUACUUAAUGGAGCUAUGGGUGCAGUUCAGCCACGCGAUGGACGCCCUGCUCUUCCGCCUCUACCUGCUCUUCAUGGCCUCCUCCAUCAUCACCGUCAGAUGCCUCUGGAACACCUAGGCAGGUGCUCACCUGCAAACUUCAGUCUGGAGUUCUUUUUGCCUCCAGAAACCAGCCAGGCUCUCAUGCCUGUCCAAAUUUCAGCCUCGCAGCCCUGGCAACGACCUCAUUUUUAACCCAGUCCUCUGUGUAGUUUCAGACCAGACCUGAAUAGUCUCCUAUGCCCUCCAAAAGUCGGGUUCUUUGUGCCAUCAGCCCCACUCAGCCCUUCCAUACCUCCCUGGCUCCUCAGGAUUCCGCUUCCUAGGGUACGUCCUUGAUUA